UGGCCAACAUGGUGAAACCCUGUCUCUACUACAAAUACAAAAAUUAGCCAGGUGUGGUGGUGUGCGCCUAUAGUCCCAGCCACUCGAGAGGCUGAGGCAGGAGAAUCGCUUGAACCCAGGAGGCAGAGGUUGCAGUGAGCUGAGAUGGUGCCACCGCACUCCAGCCUGAUGACAGAGCGAGACUCCAUCUAAAAAAAAAAAAAAGGGUCUCACUAUGUUGCCCAGUCUGGCCUGCUGGCAUCUUGAUGUUGAACUUCCAGCCUCCAGAAGUGUGAGAGAACUGGUUUUUUGAGCCACCCAGUUUGCAGAAAUUCGCACGACCCCCAGAAAUGAAUGCAGAACCUGUUCAAUCCAUAAGACGAUUAAUGAGUGCUAAUGAUGGGUGAGCAUAUUGGUUUGGGAUCAGUUCUACAGCUGAUGAGUCAAGGGCUCAGGGGGGGCCUGAUGCAGACUAUUUUAGGGCUGCGGAGGGGCGCCCAGAAAGCCAGGGAAUUCCCACACGCUUUGUGAUCCCCUAAUACGGUUAAUGAAAAUUUCUAGAGUGAUCCGUCUUUGUUUGAGUACUGGGCAGGCAGCAGGGAGAGUCAGGCAGCAGCCGUGAGCAGGUGGCUCUUCCCCACCUUGCCAGGCUCUGUGCUCCUUGAAGCAAGCGCUCCAGAGGCUCCGGAAGCCACGGCUGGAUUGGAGACGAGAUGGGAUCCUCAGAGGACCACGCCUAUCGCCUCCUUAAUGACUACGCCAAUGGCUUCAUGGUGUCCCAGGUUCUCUUCGCCGCCUGCGAGCUGGGCGUGUUUGACCUUCUCGCCGAGGCCCCAGGGCCCCUGGACGUGGCGGCAGUGGCUGCAGGUGUGGGGGCCAGCGCCCAUGGGACAGAGCUGCUGCUGGACAUCUGUGUGUCCCUGAAGCUGCUGAAAGUGGAGACGAGAGGAGGAAAAGCUUCCUAUCGAAACACGGAGCUGUCCAGCGACUACCUGACCACGGUCAGCCCGACGUCACAAUGCAGCAUGCUGAAGUACAUGGGCAGGACCAGCUACCGGUGCUGGGGCCACCUGGCAGACGCCGUGAGAGAAGGAAGGAACCAGUACCUGGAGACGUUUGGCGUUCCUGCUGAAGAGCUUUUUACGGCCAUCUACAGGUCCGACGGCGAGCGGCUACAGUUCAUGCAAGCUCUGCAGGAGGUCUGGAGCGUCAACGGGAGAAGCGUGCUGACCGCCUUUGACCUCUCAGUGUUCCCACUUAUGUGUGACCUCGGUGGGACAUGGAUAAAGCUGGAAACCAUCAUUCUCAGCAAACUAUCGCAAGGACAGAAAACCAAACACCGCGUGUUCUCACUCAUAGGUGGGGCUGGAGCUCUGGCUAAGGAAUGCAUGUCUCUGUACCCUGGAUGUAAGAUCACCGUUUUUGACAUCCCAGAAGUGGUGUGGACGGCAAAGCAGCACUUCUCAUUCCAGGAGGAAGAACACAUUGACUUCCAGGAAGGGGAUUUCUUUAAAGACCCUCUUCCGGAAGCUGAUCUGUACAUCCUGGCCAGGGUCCUCCAUGACUGGGCAGACGGAAAGUGCUCACACCUGCUGGAGAGGAUCUACCACACUUGCAAGCCAGGUGGUGGCAUUCUGGUAAUUGAAAGCCUCCUGGAUGAAGACAGGCGAGGUCCUCUCCUCACGCAGCUCUACUCUCUGAACAUGCUCGUGCAGACGGAAGGGCAGGAGAGGACCCCCACCCAGUACCACAUGCUCCUCUCUUCUGCUGGCUUCAGAGACUUCCAGUUUAAGAAAACAGGAGCCAUUUAUGAUGCCAUUUUAGCCAGGAAAUAACUUUUUCUUGUGACCUGGAACUAACGUCAAAGCACACAAGACAUAAUAAUAAAGAGAUGUACCUCCAGUG